AACUAAACUGCAUGAAUCUGACGCAGUGUGGGAUUUCAGACUCAAGGUCGUGGUAGUUUUUCUGGAAUGACCGGGACAGGUUAUGCCGUAACUCUCUUACGGGAGGGUAGGUUUCACAAGUCUGCGGAUGGAUGCACUGUACGAAAAUGCAAUACAAUACUCCUACGUGGACCCGCUGGGAUAAUUGUUGUUAACCCCGGUUCCGUGUGGGAUGCAUCAGCACUUCAUGAAUCCCUGAAGUCGAUCGGAGUCUCUCCCGAGGCUGUAAACUGCGUUAUUUGUACUGACGGUCGUGCUGAACAUGUUGGGUGCAUCAGUCUUUUUUCAAACGCGGAGAUGAUGAUCGUGGGUUAUGACAUUCAGAAACGAGGGGAUAUUUUCCUGGAGCACGAUUUCGGUGACGGAAUAGUCCCGUAUGAAUUUGAUGAAUACUUGUACGUUAUUGGGACACCCGGACAACGUGGGCAACAAGUUAGUCUGAUGGUGCGAGGAUGGAUCACUGACGGGAUGGAGCAGGACGUUCCACCGACUGGCCGCAUCGCCAUUACAGGCAAUUUGUUCACCGAUAAGGACGAUGCUAGCAGUGUGAGCAUCUUUGAUACCUUCGAAGGGAAUCUUGACGAAACCAUGGGAGAUACAGAAACACACGUCAACUAUUGGCGCCGCAGUCGCCAAUAUGUUCUUGAUCGCGCUGACUGGAUUAUUCCAGCGUUUGGAGCAUGCUUCAAGGUUCAGCCAGAAUUUUCCUCAACCCCUUGUGUUGAGCUUGCGUGAUUAUCCUCUUUUCUACAAUAUGAUUUCCCCUGUCCAGUCACCAGUUUCUCACUAUUAUUCAUUGACGUAACUAUACCGCUGCGUAGGUCGACGCAUUGUUGUCAGCCAUCCAGGUUGCGUUUGGGUUGUUGGCUUUGCUGCGUCACGUUUUUGUGCUUUGUAAUCGGACGAAUACACCGUUUGUGGAGAUUUUCAUAGUUUUAUCUUGUGAUGUUUGAGCAAUUGCCUCGGAAUGGUCCCCCCGAAAACUUCAGCUAUGGAUCUUCUUUAUCGGCGGUUAGAUCCGCAAAUGACCAACUGCGUGUGCCCGCUGUUCUUCAUUGUGUUUUCCCGGUGCUUAUGCUUUUUAUUAAAAAUAUCUG